UUUAAUUUUGCAGAAGGCGGUGGUCCUCCUAUACCGGCCAUAGUGCUGAGGAAGAAACGACGAAAACGCAACAAGAACACGCAGUCUCUCGUGAUGAACUCUUCGGAAUCACCCACGUCUUCCCAUCCACUUGACCCUAAUGGUGAUGGUAGUGACAGAAAUGAAGAGACUCCACAUGACUCGCCAAAAAUCGAAAGCCAAGAAGCUGCGACAGAUAAAAAGCAAAUGUUGAGUGGUUCUUGCCCGGAACUAAGCGAAGAGCAGCUCGAAAUGUGGGACGAUUAUUUGUAUUCAAAAGCGAUCGACAGCAAGGAAACGAGAGAGCGGCCAAGUCCACCCAUCAAAUCUCGUAAUCAUGACUCGCUGGAUUUGUCUGCUUACGAUGUUUUACCAAGAAGUCUUCAAGACGUAGCCGAACAACAACUGGACGGCUUCUCAAAUCCAGAGAUUCGACGACUUGAUAGAGAAAUCAACGGAAACAACAUGUCCUCCUCAAUGGUGAUGAAACGGUUAGCUGAACAACGAUAUCACGACUCAGACGGCUCUACACAGAGAAGCCUCGCAGCCGAGAUACAAGAACUAAAAUUUAGACCAGAAAUAAGCAAGUACGGGUAUCCUCAAAUCGACGCUUCGAAAGUACAGAUCACGACGUUUCAUCGGGACGGCGUGCGAACACAUAUGGCUAAAAAAAGCAUGCUCUCUGACUCCGAGUCCGAUCCCUGUGAGGAAGACUGCUUCGAAGGAAUGAAUAUCACAGUGAAUGCGUUUGACACAUGCGAUGACCUUACUUUAUCGGAUGUUGAGAAAACACCUUCACGUUUUGAGCAGAUUCACCAAGCUCUCAAACAAAACACUCAACGAUACUCCGAACUGCGACCACCCGAACGAGUUUGCUGUUCUAUGAUGUGAUGGUGUUAUCAAUGAGCUUGUUUUUCAGUUUGAUAAAGUAUUUGUACAGACGUUCAGGAAUGUGAAAGAGCGUGCCAUGAUAAGUGGACUUCAAGAGCACGAACUUAAAGGUAG